AUGGUAUUCUCGGAAGAGCUGGGCUACGAUCCCGAUGAAUGGGAAGAAUGUUCAGAAAGCCAACAAUUUAUGCUUUUUGGCUUCUAUACAAGGAUGUUUCUUACUUUUUCUUCUCUAGCACUUACACUUCUCUUUUUCUGGUUACUUGAAGCUAGAAAGCAAUCAGAAAAAUUAAACAAUAAUAAUGAUAAUAAAAUUUCUAAGGUAAUAAUUAUAAAAUCUUAUGCAGUUGUGAUUUUCAUUAUCAUUUCAAUUUUUUAUCUUUUUAUCAAAUUCAAAUAUCUCAAAAGUGAGGCAUUAGAAGAAUGGCAACGAGAAGUUGCUCGUAUGGAACGAUCACGUUUACAAGAUCUCGAAGGAUAUGUGGUAGAUGCAUCUGGAGCAAUUUCUGAAAUUGAUACAGAAUCUCAGCUCAUUGAUCGUUUUUUACCAGCUGAUCAUAUAUCAUUAGAUACAAAUAGCGCUGAAACAGAACAAUUUCAACUUAAAUAUUUUUUAAAGGUAUUUGAAAAAGUGGAAGAAUUAAUAGGAAUUGAUGAUUCUAUGACAUAUGCUCCAGAAAUACAAUCAAUUGAAAUUUCACCUGAUGAAGCAAGCAUUAAUAGUGAAAAUUUAUUGGAAUAUUUUGAUCAAGUAGCUGCAGAAUGUACCGAUAUUUUCAAUCUACCACUACCACAGUCUAUGAAAGUCACUGAAAGUUUAUCAAAUCUGAAACAGUUAGAGCCAUCGCAUUCAAUUACUUCAUUAAGAAGCAAUAAAAGUUUUACAUCAAGUGGGAGUCAUUCACGAGUAAGUAUCAGAAAACAAAGUUCAUUACUGAGUGUACUCGGAGUUACGAGUAUGCAAGAAAUGUUAUUAGCAUUAACGUCACUUGAAGAUUUGUCAGGUGCAAUGCGUAAAGCUGGUUUAUUAUCUACUAAUUUGAUAUUUGGUAUUGAUUACACUGCUAGCAACAAGUACCAAGGUGAGAGAUGUUUUGAAGGACGUUCAUUACAUUCUUUGGAUAUAUCAAAAGAGAAUCCAUAUCAGCAAGUUAUUAAAAUUAUGGGGCGAACAUUAGCACCAUUUGCUACUUCCGGUUAUAUACCAGCUUAUGGUUUUGGAGAUUCAAAAACUGGUGAUUGGUCGGUAUUUAAGCUUAAAACUGAAGGUGAAUGCAAAGAUUUUGAUGAAGUUUUAAGGGUGUAUGAUACAAUUACUCCAACAAUAACUUUAAGUGGCCCAACAAAUUUUGCUCCACUCAUUUAUCAGGCUAUCGAAAUUUGUGAAAAAGUUCAAGAUUAUCAUAUCCUAGUGAUAGUGGCAGAUGGGCAAGUUACGAACGAAAAAGCAACACGAAAAGCAAUUGUGCAAGCAUGUCAGUAUCCACUGUCUAUUAUUGUCGUUGGUGUUGGUGAUGGUCCAUGGGAAAUGAUGAAGGUAUUCGAUGAAUCCUUGCCAAAAAGGCCUUGGGAUAAUUUUCAUUUCGUCCAGUUCCAUGAACUGAUGCAAAAAGCAGACAAUGUCGAUGCAGGCAAGCUUUCAUUUGCAGUACAAUCUUUAUUAGAAGUUCCAGAUCAAUAUAAUAUGAUUCGUCAGUUGGGACUGCUCCGAUCAGCGCCACCCAUAUCAAAAUGA